GUUCAUAAAGAGGCAGACUGCGUCUCGAAAGCUUCCCAAGCUACAUACGAACUGCAGUUGUUUGUAUGUCUUGCUUGAAAGUUUGUCGAAUAUCAACCUUAAACUGCUUCACCUGUCCCGUACAAGAGCGGGUCGCCCGACGUAUAUAUCCUGUUUGGAAGAGUCCACGCCCACGGCUAUACUUUAUACAACCUGACAGCGUGUGAAUGUGCAUGAUAGGCCCAGGACAAUGUCCAGUUAAAGAAUGGCCUGCACAGGUGAUCUUGUGUCAGCCAUCACAGAACUGGAGGCCGAGGCUUCCCUGCUCGAUCCCGGACCGGACCGGAGGCGCCAGUGGACGGCAGAAGUCAGCAGGUGCGCCGAGGAAUACCUGGGGACGCUGGACGCUCCAUCAGAGAAGGCCUAUCUUCACCCGGAACCGGAACAACUCCGGACAUUACAGGAUGGGUUCAUACAGGAUGGGCCAACGGACAUAGACCACCUGUUACGUGAGUUCAGGAGCACCAUCGGUGACGUGGGGCUCAGAGCAGGCCAUGGGGGGCACGUCGGGUACAUCGGGACAGGAGGGGUGUUCCCUUCUGCACUGGGGGACUUCCUGGCCGCUUCAUUCAACCCUUAUUCUGCGAUCGAGACGACCAGCCCUGGCGGCGUGCAGAUGAACAACAUGCUGCUGAAGUGGAUGGCAACUCUGUUUGGCUACCCAGAAGGCCACGCGGGAAACUUGACCUCCGGUGGCACAGCAGCCAUCCUCCUUGCCAUGGCAACAGCAAGAGACGCGAGAAAACUACACUCCAAGGAUUUUCACCGGGCCGUGGUUUACGUCACUAAGCUAACUCAUCACUGCUACGCAAAGGCGCUGAACGUCAUCGGAAUGUACCAUUGCGUCAGGAGGGAGGUUCCUAUGGACAGCAGCUACAGAAUGGAUCCGUCCAGGCUGGAUGGACUCAUAAAGGAUGACAUAAAAAACGAUUUGAUCCCUUUUAUGAUCAUCGGAACCAUCGGCACCACGGAUGUGGGAUCGGUGGACCCAGUGGACGCUCUGGCUGACGUCGCGGCGCGCCACGGUGCGUGGUUCCACCUGGACGCGGCGUACGGCGGGUUCUUCUCCCUGUGUGACAGCACCAGGCACUUCUUCAGCGGGGCGGAGAGGAGCGACUCUAUCGUCGUCGAUCCUCACAAAGGGUUGUUCCUACCUUACGGGACGGGGGCGGUGCUUGUCCGGAAGGGUCAUCUCCUGCUGCGGUCCAACACGGCGCACAGUCCCGGCCUCUAUGUACAGGACGCUACGGAACGAUGUCAGGCGAUGUCGCCGUUCCAGCUAUCGUUCGAACUGACCACUCACUUCAGGGCCCCGCGUUUGUGGCUUCCUCUCAAAUUGUUCGGACUGAAACCCUUCAGAUCGGCCCUAGAAGAGAAGUUGCUACUAGCCAAGUACUUCUACUACAAGAUUCAAGACAUCCCGGGGAUCACCACCCUGAAGCCACCCGACCUUUCAGUAGUUGUGUUCUACUACCACGACACUCCGCUAGGGGGGAGUGCAGAUGACUUCAACCGGCGGCUGCUGGACGCCAUCUUGAAAGAUGGCCGCAUUUUCCUGUCGUCCACCACUGUAGAUGAGGUGUUCUGUCUGCGUAUUUGUGUCCUCACGUUUAGAACACACCUCGCACACAUUGAUCUCUGCCUCAGUGUCAUCAAGGAAUGUAUUAGCAAGGUAAAACAAUAGGCGUUUAGGUAAAAUCUAAUGUUAAAAUGUUACAAACAUUAUUGGACAGGUUUGGCAUUUUCAAGAUUAAGAGUUAAUUUGACUUCAAAUGUUUUGACCAGCUAUUCCUCAAUGGUUAA